GGGGGACGCCGCGCUGCUGAGCCCGGCCGCCGCCGCCACCGCCCGCGGGCCCCAGGCGGGGUGCAGCUGGGUGCCACAAGAUUUGAGGUGGUGGGACCUGACGACAAGAUGUCUCCUCUCCCUGUGAGUGACCUCGAGGCCACUGAGAUGACCAGCGCAGCCAGGCCCAUGAGCACGGCUGGGUGUCAGUAGCCGGAGCCGCGGCCACUGGGCAUCAUGGUGUGCUAGGCUGAGCGCAAGCUCAGGAUUUGCACUCAGAUCAUACGGCGCAGAGUCACCGUGGAGAGGCCAGGGUACCACAAACUUAUGGAUUUUGACAAGAAAGGAGGGAAGGGGGAGUUGGAGGAAGGCCGGAGAAUGUCCAAGACCGGCACAAGCCGGAGCAGCCAUGGCGUCCGCAGCUCGGGGACCAGCUCAGGGGUCCUGAUGGUGGGCCCCAACUUCCGAGUCGGGAAGAAGAUAGGCUGUGGGAACUUCGGGGAGCUCCGCCUGGGAAAGAAUCUGUAUACAAACGAGUACGUGGCUAUCAAACUGGAGCCCAUCAAGUCCCGGGCCCCGCAGCUGCACCUGGAGUACAGAUUCUACAAGCAGCUCAGCACCGCAGGUGGGCGAGGCGGGGCGGGGCGGGGCGGGUCCCCGGCGACUCCCACCCGUACUGGCCUCACCCGCGUGUCCCCCGCAGAGGGCGUCCCUCAGGUCUACUACUUCGGCCCGUGCGGUAAGUACAACGCCAUGGUGCUGGAGCUGCUGGGGCCCAGCCUGGAGGACCUGUUCGACCUGUGCGACCGCACCUUCACGCUCAAGACGGUGCUCAUGAUAGCCAUUCAGCUGAUCACUCGUAUGGAGUAUGUGCACACCAAGAGCCUCAUCUACCGCGAUGUGAAGCCCGAGAACUUCCUGGUGGGGCGGCCGGGCAGCAAGCGGCAACACGCCAUCCACAUCAUCGACUUCGGGCUGGCCAAGGAGUACAUCGACCCCGAGACCAAGAAGCACAUCCCGUACCGCGAGCACAAGAGCCUGACGGGCACGGCGCGCUACAUGAGCAUCAACACGCACCUGGGCAAGGAGCAGAGCCGCCGCGACGACCUGGAGGCGCUGGGACACAUGUUCAUGUACUUCCUGCGCGGCAGCCUGCCCUGGCAGGGGCUCAAGGCCGACACGCUCAAGGAGCGCUACCAAAAGAUCGGCGACACCAAGCGCGCCACGCCCAUCGAGGUGCUGUGCGAGAGCUUUCCAGAGGAGAUGGCCACCUACCUGCGCUAUGUCCGGCGCCUGGACUUCUUCGAGAAGCCGGACUACGACUACCUGAGGAAGCUCUUCACCGACCUUUUCGACCGCAGCGGCUACGUGUUCGACUACGAAUACGACUGGGCCGGGAAGCCCCUGCCGACGCCCAUCGGCACAGUACAUACUGAUGUGCCGGCCCAGCAACCACACCGGGACAAAGCCCAACCCCACAGCAAAAAUCAGGCAUUGAAUUCCACUAACGGAGAGCUGAAUGCAGACGACCCCACUGCCGGUCACUCUAAUGCCCCCAUCGCGGCCCCCGCAGAAAUAGAGGUGGCAGAUGAAACCAAGUGCUGCUGCUUUUUCAAGAGGCGAAAGAGAAAAUCUCUGCAGAGACACAAGUGAAGGCGGGAAUGUCUGCAGCCCAAGGACCCCAGGUGUCCAGGAGACUGGCAGAGUCCUCAGCAUUCCCUGGCUCCCUGGCCCAACUCUGGGCACCGUACCCCGGGCCAUGGGGUCACUUGGUUCACGUAAGACUUUGGUGGAAAUCUCUACACCUGUCUCUCGGCCCCUCCAAAAGCAUUAACUAUUUAAAACCAGGAGGAGAGGAGCGCUGCACUGACCCAGCUGCGCCCCCAUUAGCUCAUAAAGUCCAGCUUGUCCCCCCAUCCAAAGGCCAUUUUCUCCAAAGAGGGGGGCAGGCCCACGGCUGGGGUGUCAAAUGGGGAGGCUUUGGCCUCCACCACCAAAGGGGAGGCGCUUGCUACCACCAUAUUGCACCAAAGCUGGGCGUAGAGUGGGCCGGUGACCCUGGGGGACUGGCCGGGUAGCCUGGGUCCCAACAACCCAGGUUGGCCAUGACUGGGCCCCUGCCAGGCCUGGGGGACAGAAUCGCCUUAAUGCCAGGCCCUGCCCGGGGCAGCAGAGGUGGCACCUUGGUCCUCAGGGGAGGGUCAGGUGGGUGCCGGCCGGGUGGUCCUGGGAGUGGAGUUCUUGCUUCACCAAGUGUACAAAGAGGACAUUCAUGUUUCUCCAACGCUUCCUUGAAGCCAUAGAAUUUAGGGGCUUUUUUAAAAAAAUAAUAAAAAGGAAAUCACUCUGGAGGGUAAA